UCUUGUGGAGACUUCAUUGCUGCAGAAAUGAAGGGAUUCCUGUGCUUGUUCGGGUUGAGUCUGUGCCUAUAUCUGUGGGACCAAGCUCUUGCUGAGAGCCUUGGGGGCAGAUACAUUCUGGAUGCUGUCGAGGAGGCCAAAAAGACGGUCGAUGCAGCGUACCUGUAUUCCCGCCAUCUGAGUCUGGAUCGGGUCCGGAAGAACACGGUGAGCCCGGUGCGCAGGCUGCAGUGGGUGAAGCAGCCAUUCGGGGACACCAGGACGGCGGUGCGCUCCGCCGACUACUUCGACAACACAGUGAGGCUCAUCAAGGAGAAAGUUCACAGCGGCCGCAUUAAACGUUCGCUCAACGCGACAGAUCUGCUAACAGCAGAGGAACUGAAGCAGAUCGCCGAUCUGACCGGCUGCUCAGCCAGGGUCAGCUCUCCUUCCUGCCGUACCACCCCACAGAUAAACAAGUACAGACCAGCCACCAGUGUCUGCAACAACAGAGAAAACCCCCGCAUGGGAUCCAGCAACACCCCGUUCGCCCGCUGGCUCUCAGCAAAGUACCAGGAUGGGAUCGCACUGCCUCUCGGGUGGGACAGAACCGCGCCUGUUAACGGACACGUACUUCCACUGGUUAGGGAAGUCUCAAACCGCAUCAUGGGAAUAGCCAAUCAGGACGUGACGAGCGAUGACACCUACACGCACUUGGUCACCAUCUUCGGCCAGUGGACGGACCAUGACCUCACCUUCACGCCGACCUCUCCCAGCAUCCGCUCGUUCAACAAAGGCAUCGACUGUGAGGAGAGCUGUGAGCGAACAGAACCCUGCUUCCCCAUCCCACUCCCCGAAGGAGACUCCAAGCGCAGCGAGGAGCACCCGUGCAUGCCCUUCCCCCGCUCCGCUCCGGGCUGCGGCACGGGGCAAACCGGCCGUAUUUUCGGGGCCGGAAACAUGCGGGAGCAGAUGAACGCGCUCACGGCCUUCCUGGACAUGGGACAGGUGUACGGCUCCACCGACGUCCUGGCCCGGGACCUGCGGGACCUCACCAACGACCGCGGGCUGCUGCGGGUCAACCGGAAGUUCACCGACAACGGCAGGGAGCUCCUCCCGUUCUCCGACAUGACCGUGAACGUCUGCGCCACCCGCAACGCCAUCCAGAAAGCCGCCAACCUGGAGGAGAUCCCCUGCUUCGUGGCAGGUGAUGUGCGCGUGGACGAGAACCUCGCCCUGACGUCCAUGCACACGCUGAUGAUGCGGGAGCACAACAGGCUGGCGCGUGGCCUGGCUCAGAUGAACCCGCACUGGAGCAGUGAGACGCUGUACCAGGAGGCCAGGAAGAUCAUGGGAGCCUACUCCCAGGUGAUCACAUACCGGGAUUAUCUGCCCCACAUCCUGGGGCCAGACGCCCUGUCGCGGUAUCUGCCCACGUACCCCGGCUACGACGAUAAAGUAGACCCAACGGUGUCCAACGUCUUUGCCACGGCCGCCUACCGGUUCGCCCACCUCGCCAUCCAGCCCUUCGUCUUCAGGCUGGACGAGAACUACGAGGACCACCCGCAGUACCCCAGCGUACUGCUCCACAGAGCGUUCUUCACGCCCUGGCGGAUGGUUACGGAAGGCGGCGUGGACCCCAUCAUGCGGGGGCUGAUCGGACGCAAGGCCAAACUCAACGUUCAGAGCGGGAUGAUGCACGACGAGCUGAGGAACAGGCUCUUCGAAUUCACCAGCAGCCUGGCCCUGGAUCUGGCCGCCCUGAACAUGCAGCGAGGGAGAGACCACGCCCUGCCUGGGUAUAACGAAUGGCGAGGAUUCUGUGGCCUGUCCAAACCCCAAAAUGAGGCGGAGCUGGCGGAGGUGAUGCAGAACCCUGUCCUGGCUCACCAGCUGCUGGACCUGUACGGCACGGCAGACAACAUCGACGUGUGGCUGGGCGGCAUCGCCGAGCCCUUCGUCCCUCUGGGCCGAGUGGGGCCCCUCUUCGCCUGCAUCAUCGGCACCCAGUUCCAGAAGAUCCGCCAGGGGGACAGGCUGUGGUGGAACACAACCGUUUUCACGAAGGAGCAGCGCAACAGCCUGACCCAGGCCUCCUUCUCUCGCAUCAUCUGUGACAACACCGGCAUCAGCGACGUGCCCACGGACCCCUUCCUCUACCGGGCCCGCGGGUCCGGCUACACGCCCUGCUCCAGCAUCCCGCCCUUCGACCUUGGCCCCUGGAGGGAUAACCAAAAUGUAGCAGCACCUCAUCCGUACCCCAAUCCGCACCCUGUAGGUCCAGGUAUACCAGGUAUACCAGGCCCACCCGGCCCACCAGGUGCACAAGGCCCCGCAGGCCCCGCAGGGGCCCCAGGGCAAAGUACCAGCCCACGCUCCGCCUUCGCCAUGCGCCUUGGGUACGACAACCCCAGCCCCAACGAGAUAAUCAUCUUCCACGAGCCCAUCUACAAUGAACAGGGGCUCUACGACACCAAGACGGGAGUGUUCACCUGCGAGGUGCCCGGCGUGUACGCGGUGGAUUUCCACUGCUCCGUCUUCAAUAGCCAGGGCGACAUCGAACUGAGGAAGAACGGGAAGCCGGUGGUGCACGCCUUCACCACCCGGCAGAACGGCUACAUCUCGUCCUCGGGCGGCACGGUGGUCAAGAUGGCGAAAGGGGACAGGCUGUGGUUGCAGGUCAACCACGGGGGCAGCGACAUCACCGCGGACAGUUACUUCCUUGGACACCUCCUCUUCCCGGAGUAAACCCGCCUGAGGCCCCGCCCCCGCCCCCGCCCCGCCCCGCCCUGCCAGGAGGCCGCUCCACCCAGACCUCAGUGUGCACCAGCGCUGUGGCCGCCUUCCGUCUCAAGAUAUUCUCUCCCGUCCUCCAUUUUGUAUGCUCUCCGAGCUCCUCCAAAACAGGAAGUGCCCAAAUGUGAAAUGUAAAAGCUACUCUCAGUGAAUCACGAAUCUAAAAACACUGAAAAUGGUAUCGGCCAGUACUAUCAGGAUGACAUUGAGUAUAUUUUAUUUAAGGUGGAGCUUAACGGAGACCUUACUUUAAUUAAUAGGUAAGGAGACUGAUUCAAAACGAAUGCGGGGCUGAAGUAACUACGUCAUAUUAAAUACAGAGAAUGGUGAAUAAAUAUAUGAAGGAAAUCUGCCCGUUUGUAGGUUUACCGAACAUGAAGGAGAAUCCAUCACACCUUGUCAGUCUGUCCUUUUCUUCUCUUAACAUGUUUUGGCCCAAUCCCAGUGUGAUGUAGCAUUCAGCUAAUGCUAAUGUUGUCAUUACCUUUCCUUUUUACCUUUUGCUGCUUAAUGAAACAAUUUGAUACCGCAUUAUAAAAAUCAAUGAAAAUUUGUGAAGAAUAUAAUAUAUUGAUGAUAAACUGGACUCAAAUAUAGACAAAUUACUAGCUUUGUGAGACACACAACUACUUAGGUUAUGGGCAAAGAGUUUAGUAACUGCUGUGCUGACUGUAUCAGGUGUUUAUGAAAGAAUGAAUUGGUAGUUUAUUCAUUUGAAACCCUGCUAAAACAAUGUUUGUGUUUUUCAGUAUCUGGUUUCAUUAUAGUUUGCAUUGGGUAAAACAACACGUUUUCUAAGUGAUCAGAAUAUUCUUCUCUAUGGUGUGAAAAUGCUGUCUGUACUAUUCAUUUUUCUGUGUUAAAUUCUUAUUCUGGCCAGAUUGUAGCAUAUACAGAAACCUGUGCAUCACAUUGACAGAAUAAUUACAAAGGAUUUGGUGGAACUGACGACCCUUAACUAUGUCAUUAUAGAGUAAUUACAAUUGCACUAAGGUUCUUUGAAAAGGGCUUUUGUGUUUCACACUUUAAAUUUUAACACAGGAAAUCACAGCCAUCUGUACUUUGAAUUGUUAUUGUGUUACGUUUUUUGUUUAACAUAAAGGAAAAGUGAUUCAUUUCCGGUUUAUUUAAACGCUGAAAAAACCUGUAAAAAAUAUACUGUAAUGCAUAAUGCAUUCAUUGUUUGAUCAGGUAAGAUCAAUAAAAAAUGAGAAAUAGAAAA